CUGAAGCCAAUCGCAGUGCUGGAACCCUAUAAUAGACACCUCUCCUCUAACCAAUCAGAGGCUGUGGGACGGUUCUUCACCACAGAUUAAAAGCCGAUCCCAGAGCGGGCUCCAUCAUUCCAGUCCCUGUAUUCCAUUCUGUUGAAGGAGAAUGGCCCGGACCAAGCAGACAGCGCGCAAAUCAACCGGAGGGAAAGCUCCCCGCAAACAGCUGGCUACCAAAGCGGCGCGGAAGAGCGCUCCAGCCACGGGCGGAGUGAAGAAGCCCCAUCGCUACAGGCCCGGCACCGUGGCUCUGAGGGAGAUCCGGCGCUACCAGAAAUCCACCGAGCUGCUCAUCCGCAAACUGCCCUUCCAGCGCCUGGUGCGGGAGAUCGCUCAAGACUUCAAGACAGACCUGCGCUUCCAGAGCUCGGCCGUCAUGGCACUGCAGGAGGCCAGCGAGGCUUACCUGGUGGGGCUUUUUGAGGACACCAACCUGUGCGCCAUCCACGCCAAGAGAGUCACUAUCAUGCCCAAAGACAUCCAGCUGGCCCGCCGCAUCCGCGGGGAGCGCGCCUGAACCCGGCCUCGGCACCAAGAACAAAAGGCUCUUUUAAGAGCCACCAACCCAGCAGAGGAAAGAGCUGUGCCUUCCUGUUCACUGUUCUAUUACGUUAGCGUCUCGGCACACUCUCUGACCUCCCCUUGUGUGCACGAUUCAGUCCAGCACACAUUCAGCCUGUCUCAUCAAACGAUUCCGCACAAAACAUGACAAGUUCCAACACAGACGCGUCCCUCCGCGUCGACUCCCGAUAAUCGGCUAUAUCUCUGCCGUCGGGUAAAAACGCGGGUAGCGAGCUUCACCUCUCCCUCCUCGUCAGUGUGUCCCCGAUCAAACACUUCACCCACUCACCUGCCGUGUAAAGUCAGAUGUUGUAGAGAAGGUCGCUGUGUGUAAGGAGUUUGUACGUUCUCCCGUGUCUGCGUGGGUUUCCUCCCACAUUCUAAAGACGUACGGGUAGGAUAAUUUGGGGUUUAAAAUGGGCGGCGCGGACUCGUUGGGCCGGAAGGGCC